ACUUUUCAUAGAAAAUACAAUGAAUCCUUUAACAAAUGUAAAAAAUAUUAAAAAGCUGGGAGAACAAGAAUUGCUAAGAAGCAGUAAAACAUCCUGGCAUGAUCAAUACAAAGAUAGUGCAUGGAUUUUUGUUGGUGGCUUACCAUACGAUUUGACAGAAGGCGAUAUUGUAACCAUAUUUUCACAGUAUGGAGAAGUAGUAAAUAUAAAUUUAAUUAGAGAUAAAGAUACAGGCAAACAAAAAGGGUAUGGAUUCUUGUGUUAUGAAGAUCAAAGGAGUACAGUGUUAGCUGUUGACAAUUUUAAUGGUACUAAGAUUUUAGGAAGGACAAUACGAGUUGAUCAUGUUACUAAUUAUAAAGCACCAAAGGAUUCAAAAAAUGUUGAUGAAGAAACCAAACAAUUAAGAAAAGAAGGUUGUGCCCCCAAAAGUAAUUUGAAUAUUGUAUAAAUUACAAAUAAUUUAAGUUAUUAUAAGUUGUAUAUAUGUAUAUACUAAAUGUAUUUUUUUACUUUU